GACAGGGAAUUUGAGACCUUCUUGCCUGACAGCAUGCGAGCUCCAGCAAUCCAGGUGUUAGGGAAGCCCCCCCACGAGUACAAGGGUGGCUCGGGCACCUACCCCAACCACUACGAGCACCCGCAUCCCCACAACUGGGAGAAGCGAGGCGGAGGCCGCUACCACGAUGACUGGGACAAGAGGGGCAGCUAUGGGGGCGGGAUGCUCAAGAUCAGUGAGGGCGGCCGCAACGCCAUCUUCACCCGGGACGCAGGACGCCCCCCUGGACGUGGGCAGGAGGCGGACAGAGGAGACCCCGAUGGCUCCCAGAGUGUCACCACGCCUACGCCUGUUAUCUUAUCCAGGGCGCGCAGCAACAGUGAGAACCGGUCAACCUCACCCAACCCAUCAGUGACUGCUGUGAGGAAGGAUUCAGUCCCCAGUGUUGUGACGGUAGGAAGUUCCAGCAGCCAGCAGUACCAGAUUGCUUCAAAGCCUCUCAUGGAAGCCUCCUUGACCCCAGAGAGGAUGAUGAAGGGUCCUGCACGACUGUUGGACGAGACCCUUAAUCUGUGUGACGACCUUGCUUCGUACUUGCUGGACCAGAGCAACUUCAUGGUGGUGGCUCUGAUGGGGACGCAAGGAGUCGGCAAGUCUGUUCUGGCCUCUCUCUUUGUGGAUCCCGAGACAGAUAUAAACAAGAUGAGGUCAUGCACUUUCCGGCCAGAGAGCUUGGAGCAGCUGAUGUCAGGAUGUCAUGGUACCAACGGCAUUGACAUCUACAUCACCAGCCACCGCCUCUUCAUUCUGGACUGCCAGCCACUCCUCUCACCCUCCAUUAUGGACCGCAUUGUCACCCAGGAGAAGAAGUUCACUUCAGAUUACAAUUCAACAGAGAACCUGAUGGAAGUGGAGUCACUGCAGCUGCUGACACUGGUGAUGAGCAUUGCCCAUGUGGUUGUCCUCGUUCAGGAUUCUGGCACAGAUCCCAAUCUGAUUCGCCUCCUGCAGACAUGCGAGAUGAUGAAACCUUCAUCUUCCUCCACACCCUCCUCCUCCUCCUCUUCACCCUCAGCCCCGUCAGGAGGGGAUGACACACAGCAGUACUUUCCACAUGUGGUGUUCGUGCACAACAGGGCUCCCUCCCAUCACUUUUCCCCCUCCACCUUGAAGAAGUUGCAGGGUGUGUACCAGGAAGCCUUUAUGGGCUCGUGCCUGGAGAAUGAGAGUCGAAUAGGGGCUUGCAAUGGCCUCACAUAUGCUCCACUGGCCCAGACAUCCUGUGGAAGUCUGGUCAACCUCUUCUUGUUGCCAGACUUGCGCUCUCAGCCCCAGAGUCAUGUGAGGUUCUCUGAAGCUCUGCGUGAGAUGCGACGGCAGGUGUUGAGUUUGCGUCGUCUGCCCCUUACCCACCUCACACUUACAGAGAAAUCCUGGUACCAGUAUGUGUGCCGCACAUGGGAGAGUGUGCGGAAGUGGAGCCUCUUCGUGGAGUACAGCCGCCUGCUGCCUUGAGCGGUGCCGGUGCUUGUAUCUGGACAUCUCCUGCCUGGCAUCAUCACCCUAGCUCUGUGGGUGUUGUGCCGCCCGUGACAGACGCCUGUCGCCACUCACUGCCCUGCUCUGCUCCCCACAUGGGACUGUCGCAGCCGGUCGGCUUGGCCCCGCCCCUGCCCCUCCCUCAUCCCCCAUGCCUCACAGCCAGCUGUGUGGAAGGGUCAUCAACCUGAGGGGGUCAGUGUGCAUGUGGGCACCGUGCCCAGCUGUGGGAGUGGCACUGCGUCGUAUGUUGUUUGGAGCUGCAUCCCAUAGGCCGUGUCUAUGGGGGCAGCAGUAAUCUGGCCCAACUGCUGUGUUGGGCCGACCAAGGUCGCAAGAUGUUUUUGUAUCGAAGUUACCCAUUACUCUCUUGAGCCGAUGUGUGGCUCAGAGCUCUCAGCUGCGCACAGAAAUGCAAAAAGUUUUCCCACUCUGAUGGUUCAGAUGGAGAACAUACUUGCAACAUUACAUGUGUAAAGAGAGAGCAAAGUACUGGGGGCACACAGCUGCUGAAGAAGGUGAUGGGUAAGCGACUACAAGAACAACACCAAAGCUACAUCCCUGACCCUCCCGACAUGGGUCCUGGCUGUCUGUUCGUCACAUUAUUCAUCAUUAACAAAGGUGUGGUGAACACAGCAAUUCAGGAAAUUCACUAAUAUGGCAAUGAUUUUGCAAAACACUGAGAGAGUAAAUUAAAUUAUUACUGGUAGUUUUGAUUUCGUGCAAUAGCAUUAAUCAACAGGUAAAGUUUCCCAUAUCGAGAUUUUUACUUGAAUUCUCAAUCGUUACUUGACUUAGGAAAGUCUUGCUUUCUUCACACCUAUCAUAUUCAACAGUAUUAAAAAAAGAAAAAGAAAAAAAAGAGACAGACACAGACACACAGAAAAACAUAAGUAUUAAGACUCCAGAUGCUUUCAAAUAAUGAUUGAUAAUUCAGUUACUUGUUUAUGCUACUUCACACAACAUGCAAAGAUUUUGUGAUCCAAGAUGCUCAGAGUUGUCUCAUACACAAAAUCAAGCCAACUGCCGUCUGCUCUUCUAUAGCCCUCACAUCGGCAAUAUACAUCUGUGUCUUACCUUUAUAAUGUCUACUUGGUGAUAUUUUCAUGUCCAUCACCUUCCCUUCAGUCUUACAAACACCUUAAAGUCUGCUGGCAGUAUCUGCUUGAUGCUUGACUUUGGUUGUCAGUGUUAGAACUUAAUGCCAAAUUAAUCAACACCACUAAACACAGACACCUUUACUCACUCACACGACGUUUGUAUCAAUUAUAAUUGAUGCUGGUUCACGCGAUAUGUUAUGUGACAUUUCUGUAGAAGGGAUUAAACCUUCGCUGACAGAUAAUAGUUUGUGUUUAUUUUGAGAGUUUCAACAUGGUGAUGAUUGAUUAAUUACUUUCUGAUCACUUGAUAUGCCUGACAGUUAGAGCAUUGUCGGAGGUUGGCUGGCUGGCUGGCAGUACACGUUCGGGUACUGAUAAUAGCUAUGCAUCUUUUGUACCAACGGCCAGCACUACUGUUAGGUUCAGUAACCCAUCCCUGAUCAACAAACUUGGGAGAGGUUGAGGUAAACUUUGGUGGAAAGCCUUGACCAUUUUAUGCCAGCCUCUCCAAGCAAGAGUAAUAUUUAGUAAUAUCUUACAGGUUCCGUGUAACACAUAUAAGUUAACCAUAAGUGGAGCAUGAAACACACUUAAAAAGGGUUGCUAGGAGGAGGAUUAAGAUAGAUUUCUUGGGUCAGUAUUAGAGAAGGAUAAACAUAAGGAAGAAAGCAAUCCUACACUAGGAAUCCGUCUCCUAUCACUUAUUCCUGCAUUUUAUGAACCCGGCUCAACGUUGUGUGAAUCAGCCACCUCACGUUAGCGGCAGGAAAUGCAUCUUAGGUAUUUCAUCUUCCUAUUAGCGAAACCAUGAGCCUUAGGAAAGCACUUGGGUCAGCUGACUAUCAAUACAAGUCAAGAGGUGUAAAAAGUAGAAAAAUCUUGGAAUAUUAGUUCAUGAUUAUUGAUUAUGAAUAUUUAUGUAUUUAUUUUUAUUAUUGUUAUUAUUGUUAAUAUAAUUUUUUUAUUCAUUUAUUCCCAUCUUUAAAGAGCAUGGCUGACAUUUCACUCCAGCGGCAAGAUUCAAAGGGAAAGUGUGUGUGAGGUAGGAAGGGUUACAUGAGAAAUUAGAAAAUCAGGAAUUUAAUCAGAAAACCCUCUCUCAUGAUAGUUUUCAAUUUUCUUUAUCCAGGAAUAGGAAAUGAUAAAAUAUAUAUCCUAUAAUACUAAAAGCAGUGGUAAGAAUACACUUUCCAUGCAAGUUAUUAUUUACAGGAAAAAAAUUCGAGGAAACCAACACUAAAAAGCCAGCUUCGCUUGAGGGGGACUCUUCUCUAGGGUGAAAACUCCAGUAGUUUGGCAAAGUCGCUUCAUUAUCAUAGUCGUAUAAUGUGUCUACCAAGAUAUAUUUCUAUAGCUCCCAACAAAGCUUGUUUGCCUAUUAUGUUAUAAAUGAAUUUCUGAAUGAAUGGAAUACUCUAUGUGAAAGUCAUCACUCUUGUCAUGGUGUCCUGAGUAGGUCAUAUAUUCCUACUUCUCUGUGGCUGAAUUGGCAUUUGCAGAGUGAAUGCAAAUUUGCCACACCUUUUCAGCUCGUUCAUGAAACUUUCAAGCAGAUAAUUUAAGUUAACAAAGAAUAACCUGUUAUGAUAAUUGAAUUGGGGGGGAAGCUAUAACAUUGAGGAAGAAAUACUGUAUGAUAUGUGCUUAGUUUUGUUUGAGGAAAUUAUUUUGUUCGUAUUGGUAUUAAAUGUUUCAAAAGUCAUUACACUUCUUUUAUUUGUCUUUAUUUAUAUCAGUAAUUCAGAUUAAAUUGGUUAUUAUUAUUGUUUUUAUUAUUAGUAGUAAUAUUAUUGUUUUUCUUCUCCUGCUUUUCAUUUUCUUUUUUUUUUCCAUUGUAACUGCAGGCCCUAUAGUGUAGGUAAGCUUGUUGUAGCACACUUCUGCAUACCUUUUAAUUUUCACAACACCCCUAUUGAUGCUUUCUUUGGUUCUGGUGCAGUGGUUAUUAUCAUGUAUUACACUCCUUUUGCUGGAUACCACAUUUAUGUGGUAACUCUAUGGAAGUCUCUGUUGUCUGAAAAUAUUUGAUAAUAUACAUUGCUCACUCUCCUUUCCUUUGUUUAGUUGUAGCCUAAGUUCCCUUGGUAUGAAAGCACUGGUAAGUUAUAGUCCAUGUAGUUGCCUAUCUUUUCAGAAUCUGCAUUGAAUGAGGAACUGCAUGUAUGGUGAACCAAGUAGUGAGGACGAAAGCUUGCAAAGUAUAACAGAAAAGACAAACAGUUUGGUAGAAUUCAAGGCACAGGUUGAACAAUUUGAUAGAAUAAAGAUAGUUAUAAUAGUUGGGUUCAUCAAGUGAAAGAUCACAUGUACACUUGGCUCUUCAGCCUGCUUAACCAGGUAGGAAUUUAUGUAAACAAAGUGAACACUUUGAGACAUAGAGGUAACUGAUUCCUGGCAAUGUUGGCAUUAGGUAGAGGAACAAAGCAGUGCAUUCAGAGAAUAGGAAGCUAACUUUGUUUUGGAAUCGUGUGUUUAGUAACUGAAAUGCAUUGUUAGUGAUAAUAGCUUUAUCCUGUCAUUGAGUUGUUUCCUUGAGUGGAAAAUUUCAUAUUGCUACUAUUAUCUUUGCAGUUAACCACAGUAAAGGCAAAGAGCCAAAUGUCCAAUUCAUAUUACUCCUAUAAAAGUCAAAUGAAUUGUUCUUUGCAAGGAGAAAUUUCAAUGGAGACGCAUAAGGAGAAGAAUCAGAAUUAUGAGUUAAGAAUUAUCAGAAGUAACGAGUGGCUGUAAUAUCUGUGUAAGACUUGUUUAAUACGCAAAAUACGUAAAUAUACGAAAGUGGUUUACCUGUAUAAUUUGCCAAUGUCAAAACCCAAGAGAUGUACUGAAUAAUUUUAUCCCCAACAGAAAGAUACAGGUAACAGUCAUUCAAAUUUGUUGUCUGUGAUUAUUCAGACAAGAAAAUAGCUGUUCUUAAAUAAUAGUAUCAUACUUUACUGUUGCUGUGUAAUGAAAUAAAAGUGACCAGUGAAAACUUGUCCCUUCAAAAGAACUUUACUAGUUUGUUAAUGUUCACAGGUGAUGGCUGUGUUUGGUAUGUAAACCGGUGGUGGUCAAGUGAUUUUGCAGAUAAUUCCUAAUAUGGGAUGUAUGUGUUUGUGAAUAUAUAUAUGUAUAUAUGUAUGUAUAUAUAUAUAUAUAUAUAUAUAUAUAUAUAUAUAUAUAUAUAUAUAUAUAUAUAUAUAUAUAUAUAUAAUGCACAAACAUUUAUAUAUAUAUUCAUAAAACUACAACAUAACUGAAUAUACUUGGAUUAGGCUGUGUGUAUGGAUGGAUGCAUCUGUGCACAUCCAUUUGGCUAUAUGUAUGCAUGAGUGAAUGUGUAUGUAACCAUUUUUUUGUUUGUGUAUUUGUCUGUGUGUAUGUGUUUGUGAAUGAGAGAGAGAGAGAGAGAGAGAGAUUGUGUGUCUGUAUAUAUACAUAUAUUAUGUAAUUAUAAUGUAUAAUAUACAUGUGUUACAUAACUUAAAUAUAUACAUGCAUACACUAGGAUACACGCACACACACACGCACAACACACACACACACACAACACACACACACACACAACACACACACACACAACACACACACACACACACACAAAACACACACACACACACAAAACACACACACACACACAAAACACACACACACACACACAAAACACACACACACACACAAAACACACACACACACACAAAACACACACACACACACAAAACACACACACACACACAAAACACACACACACACACAAAACACACACACACACACAAAACACACACACACACACACACACACACAACACACACACACACACAACACACACACACACACACACAACACACACACACACACACAACACACACACACACACACGCCCAACACACACACACACACAACACACACACACGCCCAACACACACACACGCCCAACACACACACACGCCCAACACACACACACACGCCCAACACACACACACACGCCCAACACACACACACACACACACACACACACACACACACACACACACACACACACACACACACACACACACACACACACACACACGACACACACACGACACACACGCGCGCACACGCACACGCGCACACACACACACACACACACACACACACACACACACACACACACACGCCCAACACACACACACACACACACACACACACACACACACACACACACACACACACACACACACACACACACACACACACACGACACACACACGACACACACACGACACACACACGACACACACGCGCGCACACGCACACGCGCACACACACACACACACACACACACACACACACACACACACACACACACACACACACACACACACACAUAUAUAUAUAAAUAAACAAACACAUGUAUACACACUUACAUAUUCAAAUAGAUGUGUAAAUGUUUUGUUUUAAUUUUAUUUUUUCUCUUGAUACUUUCUUUUGCAUAGAUUUUAAUGUCAAUAAAUGUCACUCCCGA